GCGAAGAGCGUCGAGCGAUGCCACUUGAACGUUGUCAAAAACUGAUCCCGACAACAGAUUUUAAAUGCAAAGCAUUUCAUAUUACGGUACACCCAACUCAAUGAUUGGCAAGACAUGGAAAAAUUACAAUGGCAUCCCAAAUUGAAAGCAUCCAUCGUGAAUUAUUGAUUCUGAGAUAGAAACGAGACCAGCCCUCUGCAACGACUGUAGGAGUUGCAGGUUUACAGUUAUCAGCCGUUUGAAGAUAUAACCAAAAAAGUUUUGAAGGAUAACACAUUCUGCCAGACGUUAUAUGGCUAUAAACCACUUAACUUAAACAUGAACCCGAUACGCGUGGCAUACUUCCUUAGAAAGCCACAUUUUUAUAUAGACAAAAAUGAGGAGUUUGUAGGCGAUGACAAAACAGUGUUUGUUUUGUUUGCAUACUUCCUAAAUGCGUCUUUAGACAUUCGAAUAUUCUCCAACAUGAGCGAUCUACCAAAUGAUGUGGUGGUUGCUAUUAAGGAGGGACAUGUGGACAUUAUGGGAAAUAGACUCACUCAGGUGUUUUACAUCAAGAACGUCGACUAUUCGUUCCCUAUAGGCAGAGACGACAAAUACUUUGUCGUACCAAAACCUCAAAUGAUCUCAACAGAUUUACUCAUCGUAUUCAUGUUUACUCAAACUGUUUGGUUAGCUAUUCUAAUCACGGUUUUUGUUUUAACUAUACUUAUGUACACCGUCUACAGAAAAAGCUCAAAUUCUUCCUUUUUGGUAGUUUGGGGGGUGUUACUCAGUAUGUCACUUGCGAUUUUUCAAACCAAAACUCGGUUCAGAUAUGUUUUGAUUAUGUGGAUCUGUGGAAGUUACAUUCUAAGCAGCAGCUUUCAAGCUAAUCUAAUAAGAUCCUUCGUCAAUACUAGGUAUAAGAAUGGUAUAAAAACGUUAGAUGAUUUGAAAGCAUCUGGAUUGAAAAUAGGCUUAGAAAAAUAUUUUAUAGACACCUCAAAUGCAACUAAAGAUCUUUGUGUGAAAGAACAAUAUAUACAGAUGUGGGAAACUAAAAUCGUUGAAAGGAUCUUGCGAGGAGAUACCUCACGCGCCUAUUUUUUGGGGAAAGACCUUUCCGAGCAUCUGAUUGAGGAGUGUAUCUAUAAGAACUGCGGAAGCCGAUCAUUUGAGAUGAUGCCUCAAACCAUUUCAUCAGGCGUCACAGUAUAUCAUCUACGAAAAAAGUCUUUUUUCACGGCAAAACUAGACAGAUUCAUAAUACUUUUGCAUUCAUCUGGAUUGCUCAAGAGCAGAAAACCACAGAAUGAGUACAUUCCGGAAAAGGAAAAGGCACUGAGAAUGCCACACUUCAGUGCCGCUUUUAGAGCACUGGUUGUUGGUUACAUUGUAAGCAUGUUGGUGUUUACAUUAGAACUGAUUAUACGGAAUUAUGGCAAGUAGAAGCUCUUUAAGUCAGUGAUAACUAUUUAUAAACUGUAAUAUGAAACAGGUAUUGGUAAAAUGGUGUAAAAAUGAUAUUUAACCCAAAACGUAGUAAUAGAAGCUCAAUGUAUGUAUUUAUUUGAGAUACCUAAAUGAAAUACCUUAUGUGAUACUUUUCAAGUUACAAAAAAAAGUAAGUAAAAGUACUUGACUCCUACAGAGAAGCUUUUAAGUUACGGGAAAUUUUUAAUGCGAAUCGCACUAACAUUUUAAAAUCUGUAACUUAUGUUAAGAGGUAUAGUAGGCUAUUUACAAAUACCAGUAUUGAUUAUGAGUAGAAAUCAAAAUUUCCAUAUGUCCAUAUUACAACUUCGAC